CGGCGUCGCGACCAUCAGACGUGCCCGCGCCAUCAUGAGCGUUCUAGACGCGAUCACGCGUUUCGUAGUGUUUAACCUACUUACUGUUUACUACAGUAUCCUCACAUUGGGAUAUUUCGCUGUGAGAUAUGUCAAGAACCCCUUUGCCGACCCUUGGGCCCAGAAGCUGCGGUUGGAACCUCCGGCCUGCCUGACGGACCCUAAAUAUGGAGUACAUAAGUACAUUAAAGUUAAUAAUGUCAAGUUACAUUAUUUGGAAAGCGGCGAUCCGUCUAAACCCCUUAUGAUAUUUCUGCAUGGGUUCCCUGAAUUCUGGUUUUCUUGGAGGCAUCAGAUCGUCGAGUUCAACAAAGACUAUUGGUGUAUUGCUGUGGACAUGAGAGGGUAUGGAGACUCGGAGAGGCCAGAUGAUGUAUCUGCAUACCACAUUGAUCUCCUGGUGGAAGAUGUUCGUGACCUUGUACGCCAGUUAGGGCGAGAGAAGUGCAUCCUAGUGUCGCACGACUGGGGCGGCCUGAUCGCGUGCCGCUUCCGAGACGUGCACCCUGACGCGCUGGACGCGCUCGUGAUGCUCUCCAGCACGUCACGUGAGGCCUGGCUGCACGAGCUGGUGCACAACCCGGUGCAGAGGAAAAUGUCUUGGUACGUAAUGUUGUACCGCAUGCCAUCCCUCCCCGAGAAGCUGAUCACGAUGGACGACAUGCGCGUGUUUGACAUGUGCAUCCCCGCCCAGCCCGGCAGCCUUGACGUCGAAUGCUACAAAUACUGGUUCGGUAAACCUACGGCCGUGACCCCACCAAUCAACUACUACCGCGCGAACUUCGUAUACAGCUUGCCCGUCAAAGCUCGCUGCGAGCGCCUCGUCCCCAUGCUUGUCGCCAACGCCGCCGACGACAAAUACCUGUCGCAUUCCAUCCUAGACCGCAUGAUGACAGAAUACGCACACAUCGAAACGAAGCUGGUGCCUGGCUGCGGACACUUCAUUAUGCAAGAAAAACCAGAAGUCGUUAACACGCUAGUGAGAGAGUUCCUAGGGAAACAUAGGCUUUAAACUAGGUUAUUUUGUACAAAAGCUUUACCAUUGUUUUAUAGUAGGUAAUUAUGGUUUUUUUAUAUAUUUACUUAUACUUAAUUACAAUAGGGUAUGAGACUGUAUUUAAAAUAAAUUAUUUCACACCAUGCAUGAAAUAAAGCACCAGAUAUUUUUUAGAAAAACAUAGAUACUUAGCAGUUAUUUUUAAACACAAGUUCUAUUUAAUAAAUCGGAUAGAAAUAUAAAUAAAAAGUCGGUGAGUUGACCGAGACGUCAUUGUGUAAUGUUUCAUUCAUAUAAAUUCCAUAGCAAACAGUUUUGCCAGUUCUAAAAAAGAAUACCCUAGUAGGAGAAUACCCUAUCUCAUCUUUAAUUUACACUGGUUCACCAGGCAUGCAUGUGUAUGUGUCUUUAUUAUUUGUUAAUAAUUUUAUAAAUAAAAUUUUUAUCUAUUA